CCUUAUCACGUGAUCUACAGUGUACCCUGCCCAGCCAGCCCAGCCCAGCUGCAUAGUUUCGCGCCAGGUAAAACAAUUUCUUGGAAGCCUCAAAGCUUUCUCAGGCACGCCUGCACACGGUAUGAGCAGGGAAUGAGCCCUGUUGCUUUUUCCUUCCGGCACAAUCUUAGACAGUCGUGGAAUAUUUUGUACAAACUACCGCAGACUUGCAGACGACGUUUUGGCUCCAAAUUCAAAAUGGCGGAAGACCAGGACAAGAAAUUGGUGAAGGCAAUCGAGACGGAAAGUGGUCCCAUUUAUUUUUCUAGCGCAACUAAGAUUAGUCAGGGAGAUGCAGCGUCUUUCAGCACACCUAGAGAGUUUCCUGAUUUUGCUGUGUUCUACUCUAUAAGCGCGUACAGAUCGGAAAACUCCCGUGUAAAUAACAAUCGCGCACAUUCAAAACUUCUGGGGGACAUAUGCAACCACCUAGGACCACAGCGCUCUCUUUUCCAUGGCUUUUCCUUCAACCCCGAACGACCAGACACUUUUCGAAAGCAGUUUUUCAUUCCCAGUCCAACCAUGAACGAGUCACUCCGUGGAUUUGUCCAAGAAAUGGCGCUAAAGUUCGGACAGACUGAGUAUUUUGAGCACGUUUUGAGAGAGGGGAAACAUCUGCAGACUAGAGUGGAGAUGUCAGAGGAAGGGGCACGUCAUCAGGAGGAGGAGGAGAUGAUGAGAGUUGAGACACCUCACUGUCAUCCUGCAUUUCUCAAUCCUGAUAACAAUGCUGUGUUUCACUCCUACAACAGAGCUGUUAAUAUAUUGAGAGAGUGUCCUGAUAUCCCAGGGGUUUCAGAGGUGCUGUCUGCUUCAUCUACUCUUGUUCCUGAAUCGCUUGACGUGGCAUCUCUACAGGAGAAGUGUCAACACUCUGUCAUUGUUUUGGAGGGUCUGGAUGCCACAGGAAAAACAACCUUAACAGAGAGAUUGGGAAAGAUGCUGAGUGCCCCCGUUCUCCAGUCACCCCCUCUGCCCAUCCGCCACCUGCGGGAAGUGUUUGACUCCCAGCCAGAGUUGAUCCGGAGAGCGUACUACACACUGGGAAACUACAUACUGGCCAUGCAGGUGGCAGAGGAGGCACAGACACAUCCUGUGGUCAUAGACAGGUUUUGGCACAGCACAACAGCAUACUCCAUAGCCACAGAGGUGGGGUGUGGGGACGAGUCUCAGCUCCCCCCACGGGGACACAGUGUCUACACCUGGCCCUCAGACCUGCUGAAGCCACAACUCGCCCUGCUGCUGAUGGUAAACGAGACCAGCAGAGGUGCUCGACUAGCGGGCAGGGGGAUGGGGAAAACUGAGGAGGAGAUAAGACUGGAGAAAAGUCUGCUGUUCAGGAAGAGGUUGGUUGAAGCCUAUCUGAGGAUGGAGAACCCUGGCCUUAAGGUGAUUGAUGCAAGUGGCUCUAAGGAGGAGGUUUUUGCAUCCACAGUACAGGUGCUCAAGGACUUCAAGAUUCUUGACACUGAGACUGAACACUGAGGACAACCUGGCUGUC